UAAAAAAAAAAAAACUUUGAAAACAGAUGUACUUGGUCAUGGUUCAGGGCCUUCUAUUGAAUCCUGCAGAUGGGAUUCUGAAGGAUUGAACAAAUACAAACUCAUGAUUUUAUGGACUAAGCAAUUUUGGUAGACGAGCAGUAAUGUCGCUUCACUAAGACUUUGUCUUACUGGUAAAACUUGUAAAUCGCUACCUCUUCCAAAAAUGCACAGAGAAAAUCAGUGGUUUAUUGGUGGUUUUUAUUUAGUGGUUCUCAUUUUCUCUAUCGGUGUAAGAAAGAGUGGUUUAAUAAAAGCUUGUUUCAUGUUUCCUAACAGUGAAUUCAGGUCAUGAUUAGAAAUAACAGGAAAAAAAAUGUCCUGUAUGAGGCACAGACACAGUCAUCGCUGACGUCGGGAGGAAAAACAGGUUUUAGACUGGGCUAAUUACUCUAGUUAACCUCCAGGUUAAAGUUUUCUGCUAGUCUGUCAUUAGAACAGCAGCAGCAGCAGCAGCAGGACUGUGAUCAGGACUGAUCCUGGAUUGUGUCUGACGGAUUCUGAAGUCUAAAGUGCUUCAACAUGGCUGCUCCUGGUGCCAACCUGAAAUCUGAAGACCACUUCCUGUGCUCCAUCUGCCUAAGCGUCUUCACUGAUCCAGUUUCCACACCGUGUGGACACAACUUCUGCAAAAAAUGCAUCACUAAACACUGGAACAUCAGCAGAAAUCUGAACUGCCCCAUGUGUAAAGAGGUCUUCAGCACCAGACCUCAUCUGAAGGUCAACUGUUUGAUCUCUCAAAUGAUCUCUCAGUUCAGAUACGAGGCUCCUCCUGACACAAAGACGUCAAACGAGGAAAUUCAGGAGAUGACCCAGGACAGAUUACAGAAGAUUGAUGAGAUCAAACACUCCAUGAAGAUGAGUCAGGUUGAAGCAGACAGAGAGAUAACAGAAGGUGUUCAGGUCUUCACCACUCUGAAGGACUCUGUGGACAGAGGUCUGAACCAGUUCAUCAAGGAGGUCCAAGACAGGCAGACUGCGGCGGAGAAACAGGCCAAUAAUGUCAUCACAGAGCUAGAAGAUGAGAUCACUGAGAUGGUGAAGAUGAUCACUGAGGUGGAUUAUCAUCGCAAUUUCUCAUCCAAAAAAAAAGAUGCUCUGUGCACCAGGAAGUGGACAACGGUCAGGUUCCAACCACCAUCCUACGAGGGGACUGUGAUGAGAGCAGUGGAUCAGCUGGAGGAGUUUCUGAAGGAGCAGAUGACGGCGCUGAAGAAGGGGAUCUUAAGUAGGAUGCAGCAGUUUGAGGUGGACGUGACUCUUGAUCCCAACACAGCCCAACAACAACUGGUCCUGUCAGAGGACAGGAAACUAGUUCACUUCACUGCUGUGAGGAAGAAUCUGUUGGACAUUCCCGAGAGGUUCUCCCAUCAUCCCUGUGUCUUAGCGACACAGAGUUUCUCUUCUGGCAGGUUUUACUUUGAGGUCCAGGUCAAAGGGAAAACCGACUGGGUUUUGGGAGUGGCCAGGGAGUCCAUCAACAGAAAGGGGGAGCUUACACUCAUACCUCAAUAUGGUUACUGGACCACUGGACUCAGACAUGGAAAGUACAUUGCUUGUGAUAAUCCACCAGUGAGCCUCCCUCUGGUGUCUCCCCCCGAGAGGGUGGGGGUGUUUGUGGAUUAUGACACGGGUCUGGUCUCCUUUUAUGACGUUGAUGCUGCAGUUCUCAUCUACUCUUUUACCAGCUGCAGUUUUACUGACAAGCUCUACCCACUUUUCAGUCCUUGGUUUAAUGAUGGCGGUAAAAACUCCGCCCCACUAAUCAUCUGCCGUGUCAAUCAAACCAACUGAGCUGGAUUAAUCAGCCUUCUAAUUCAGCGUCACUCAACUCACCCAUCCUGUUUCCAGAAGUGGUGUGAGGUGUAUUUGUCCUCACUGUGUCAAAUCUGUGACUUCACUGAACAACAAUAGAAGUGAAGUGUCCCUGAGAUCUGCAACAACGUCCUUAGAAAAGUGACAAACUGGUCCACACACUGGAAAGAACGAUUUCUAUUUUUGACUAAAUUAGCUCCACUCUCUGGCCAGACUUCAGUUGCCUCCCCUUAAGUCCAUGUUCUAAUCCAGUGGAUAGUGAGCUGGUUCAAAUCCCACCUUGGAUAAAAUUGUGAUGCGUAGAGACAACACUUAAAAUUCCACCGCCCCUUCUACUGGUUUCCUGAUUUGUAACAUGGUACAAAAGCGUGUGUGUGUAUGUGCAAUACAAAUAAAUAAAUCUACUUCUACAAA